AUGGAACAGUUGGCACAGGAAGGGAAGGUCAAAGAUAAAACCUAUGGGAAGCAAAAUAUAUACUUUGCUGAUCAGGUGAGCCAGGCUAGGUAUCCGAGCAGCACGUCAGUGCGUACUGUAUAUGUUGAUGGUAAUAUGUAGCCACUGCUGUUCUGAAUCUCUUCUGUUUUGAUGAUUAGUUGUUUUUUGGGGCUAUUUUCACAAGUAUGUAGUGAAUUAGUAAAACACUCCAAACUGUUAACACUUGUAAGCAACCAGUCUUGCAUUCAAAACCCUUCAUUGUGCAUUCAUUUUGUUUGGAGACAUCUUUCACCACACAACCAGUGAUCCAAAACACAGGUUUACUGUGAAAUUUGAGUACAUUGGUUUAAUCACCAAAACACAACAUAAUGAUAUUUUCUCAAUUUAGUUAUUUUAACAUACUCCAAUAGCAAAAAAAGCAGAAAAUGUAAGAUAUACGUUUCAAAAUUGCCCUUUGAAUGUAGUAUGCUACAGUACUGUAAAUUACAGCACAUUACACUGUUUUCACAUUAGGCAAUAAACUUGCACUACCCAUCAAAUUUGUAUUAACAUCAAAUAUUUAUAAUUUUCUAUCCAGGCCUGGAUUGAAAUCAUUGCAUGCCUCAUCCAUGGCCUGAAGGAGGGUGGUACGCUCAUGGGGAUGGCAAUCAUACAUAUUCCACCUGUAUUGUAAUAAAGUAUUUGUUUAUUUUACAGUAUUGUACUUGUGUAUUGUAGUGGUCCUGUAUGUGCUCAGUUCAUAAGAGCAGGCACUAGCAACACCAGAGUUGUGGGUUCGAUUCCCACUGGGGACACAUACCAAAAAUGUGGACUCACUUUGGAUAAGUGUCUUGCUAUGUAAAUGGAAUACAUUAUGGGUAUUACAGUUCUGUAUUGGCCAAUACAAACUGUAGUAAAGCAGUGUGAAGUUUGGUGAAAAGGGGACUGAUUUUGUGUUAUAGUCAAUUGAAAAUGUGUUGUUUUGAAACGGACUUUCUGAUUAUAUGUUUUGUACUAAUAGUUGUGAAAAUGUACCACAUAGUUGUGAAAGUUGCAAUAAAAAAAAACGGUAAAAGUAACUCCCAGUAAUGUCCUUGACUGCCUCCAGGCCCAGUUUGCAGAGGUGAGUGAGGCAGAUCUGAAGGCCAUGGACAGUCACAUCUCUGACCUCAGCACACAGGUGGAGGCUGUCUCUCAGGGCUGCAGGCAGCUGGACGCAGGUAGGGCUCCCCUCUUUGGCCCUAUCACCACCCUACCCACACACACACACUGGACUAUCUGACAUACUUUUAUCUCUGAUUGCAGAGCUGAAGGAGCUCAACAGCUCCCUGACCACAGAGGAAAUGAUGUCAGAGAUCCAGGAGCUGAAAGCAGAGUGUUCUGGGUACAGGGAGCGCCUGGAGAAGAUCAAGUCAGCGACCAAUCAUGUCACACCAGAGCAGAAGGAGAAGGUAUGGGUCACAAUCAGACCUGGGUUCAAAUACAAAACACUUUCCCCAGAUACUGUGCUCAUGCAUCUUUCCUUCAGGUUUACAAGGAGAAACAUCUCUACGUGAAAGAGUGGAAGAAGAGGAAGAGACUGGUGAUUUAUUUAUUUUAGGGCUCUAUUCCAGCUGUAUUGCUGAAGUCUUACAGAUAGCGUGAUAUAAAUGUUAAGGUAAUUUCCGAUCAAGUAGACAUGCAUCGUUUACCGUGAAUGCAGUCUCCGCUGACAGUGACGCCUUAAAAUUUCAAUCACACUGUACUUCCGCAAUUUGGAUUGAAUAGAGCCCUUACUUGAUCAAAGCCAUAAGGGUAUUAGUGUCAGAGCAGGAUAAACCAGAACAAAUAGUCUGAUUUUGUCUCUGCUCCUCUCAGGCAUCUGACAUGAUGGGUUCCAUUUUGGAGGGAUACCCCAAGACCAAGAAGCAAUUUCUGGUAAGAUGCUCUGCAAAACAUAGAUCUAUAGUGACUGUUCUACACAUUCAUUCUAUUGUUUGUAUUUGGGAAAUGAGACAUUGUUCAUCACAUUUACAUUUUAGUCAUUUAGCAGACACUCUUAUCCAGAGCGACUUAUAUUUAGUGAGUGCAUAAAUUUUUCUUCUUCAUACAUCACCAUGACAGAGGCAGACAAAUGCCUAUCAUGUUUACUCUAUUUGUUAACCUGAGAUGUCAGCAUCCUUUUUGUGUUCUGUUUAGGAAGAAGUUGGUGUGGAGACUGAUGAGGACUGUAAAGUGACUAUGCCAAGUACCUGA